AUGGGUCUGGAUUCAGUGAAGAAUUACUUACAGCAAGAAGAAGAAGGAAACCGACUAAGCACCGACGUAAUAGAUGGUAUGCCACCAAAAUUCAUUCAGCCAUUGAUUAUGCAAGGUCUUCAUCUCGAUCUUGUAGAGGUCGGACGAAUCGUCUGCUCCAUGAAAGUACCCUCUCGUUUGUUGAACACCGAGAAUUUCUUGCACGGAGGAGCUACGGCUACUCUGGUUGAUCUGGUUGGUUCGGCUGUUAUAUACACCGUUGGUAAAUCUUACACCGGAGUUUCUGUUGAGCUCAGCGUUUCAUACUUGGAUUCUGCUUAUGUUGGUGAAGAGAUUGAGAUAGAAGCGAAGGCAUUACGGGUUGGAAAGGCCAUUGCUGUCGUUACUGUUGAGUUCAGAAAAAAACAAAGUGGAAAGAUUAUUGCUCAGGGCCGUCUAAAUAACUUCCUUGCCGUGACUAGUAAAAUUUGA